AUACAAUCCCACCAUUUGUUAAGCCUUUGUCAAGACUAAGGAAUUCCUUCGAUCUGGAAUCCGGCUUAAGUCCUGCUGAACCCUUUGGACAAUAUCGCCGAGAUGAAGUGAGACCUGCAGAAAUGGAACCCUACCUCACACAAUUUGCUCGGCUUUCACCACGACAUCUACUGCGGAGUUCGUUGUGUGCAUUAAUUAUGAGACAAAUUAGGAUAGUCGUCGGUGGCAUAGCUUGGCCGGGGUUCACUAUAUAAGGGACGAGGAUUCCCACCCGAUUCCGAUACAGCAACCUGUUCAGCAUCCUCUCAAACAUCAGUAUCCAUCCUAAUUCCAUUUCAUCUCAGACUCCUCAAAACGAGCCAAGAUGCAUUUCUCCAUCACCAAUCUCCUCGCAAUCGCUUCACUUGGCGUCCUAGCCGUCGAAGGCAAGGGAAUAAACUGUGAAGGCAGCUCUAACUGCGGCAAUGUUGCCUUCCACAUUUCUAAGCUCAUCAACGACGUUAAGAACAUCGAUCCUAACCGCUGGUACUACAACGGGAACCGCAUUGCUUGCUGGCAGAACGUGGCCGGAUCUGGCUUCUGCGCCUUUCCACAGAAGACUGGCGGUGUGCCGGGAAAAUCCAUCCCAGAUCUGCUACAGAAGAUCAGCGACCACGGUUGCAAGCGCUGCGGUAGUGUUCCGCUCUUUUAUCCUCAGGACAACAAUAUCGACAGUCACGGUGAGAUCACGGUGAAUUGGGUAAGCAGCACCGGUGGCUGCAAUGGGCUUUGUUAGGUCCGGGAUAGAGCGUACGCUGCCGAGAUAUGGGGUAUGUCUUCGUGUAAGGAGGCACCGGAUACGUCGUGGAAGGGUCAUGUCCUGGGAAACGAAGCUACUAUGAGGCACGGUGGAGGGUUUUUCUCAUUAGAGGGGUUUCCCUUCACUUGUGUAUAGUGUAAAUAUCUUGGAAUGAUUAUUUCAGUAAUUGUCAGCGGUGUUAGCCUUUCC